AUGCGGCUAUUAACGAAGCUCUUUUGUUCCCAGAUCGUACCAGGCCAUGGCGGGGCAUUGGCAUGCUUCGGGGAAGCACGAGGUGCUGCCGGAUGUGCUGUCGGAAUAAGCAUGCAGCAUGGGAGCUACCAUCGUGGACUUUUGGUCAUAACUGAUCGAUUUCAUAGGUCAAAGCUCAUUGUACCUGCACUAAUGCCUUUUUCCUGCAUUCUACUAUGGCGCCAGGUCACAGAUCGCGAAACUUCGACGUGGUGUUUUACAUCGCGAAGUGAAAGUUGGUGUGAUGAAAUAUCAGCCGACGGUGAUGUAUUAUGUGCAAGCUAA